CGUAUGCUCCCAAAGUGGUGCGGUGCUGUGCCGUAAGGCAGCAGCACCAGCUACCUUGGGGUAAUGGUAACUGCGCCUUACUGGCUUAAUGCACCGGGAUUUUCUGCGCUAUGGUGGGGUAGCGUAGCAGCAGCAGCAGCAGCAGCAGCAGCCAAGGAACUCUUACAUCCAAGAACAGGCCAACGCCCAAGUCCACCGAGCCCCCAGCUCAAGCAACAUCAACUCCGAACUACGCAGCCACUGGUGCGCGGCGACGCAGCGCCAUGUCUCGGGCGGCGAUUACCACUAUCAUCCCGAACGAUGAUGCCGCUGGCGCGCACGCCAGCAUUCCGUCCUCUUGGCAUCCGCUUCUUCACCACCCUGCCAGCGUUGACCCAGUUGCCCAACACCAGCACCGCCGCCUCGCACACGCGCACCGGCUGGCGAUUGAUGAGCUGGCGGCCGCCCACGACGUGUUGCACCGCACGGCGCAGCACCUGGCCUUGGGGCUGGAGCAGGCGCACGCGGGAGGGCUCCACCGUCGCAUACUCACUGAUGCAUCGCCAUGUACCGCCGCGGCCUCCAUUCCAACCACUGUACCGGCCCUCAACAGCUCGACUGAAACGUCCCUGACUGACGGCGUCGGUGCGCUGGCCUCGCUAUCGCCUCCAACAGCCGCCUGCCUCACACCGCCCAUAGCUGGCACGAGCCUGCUGCUUGCCACCCUGGCCGGCGCCGUGGCCGACGCCAACGCGGCGGCGGCGGCGGCUGCCGGUGCCAUGGACGCAAUGAGUGUGGUCGCCGCCGCCAUCGAGCCGCGCGACGCCACCACCGACGCAGCGCUGGCGGCGGCGCUGGGUGCGCUGCGGGCCGACGUCGACGCCAGCAGUGCAUCGCUGCAGGGGCGGCUGGAUCGGGUGCUGGCGCUGCUGGAGGAGACACUGAGGCUGCAGCUUGGGAACCUGGACGUGGCGGCUGCCGCCGGCAGCGUGCUGGAAGCGGCGUUGUUGGAGGUGCAGCUCUCCGGGCGGUCCGCCAACCUGACCGCCGCCGGGGUGGCCGCGUCGUACGGCAGCCUGUUCGACUCUCCCGGGGCCCCUUCCGCAUUGGAUCCAGCAGAUGCGGAAUCCGCGCAGUCUGACGUGGCGGCGGUCAGCGCUGAGCUGUCCAACUUCCUCACCUGCCUGGCGGGCCGGGCGGGGAACGGCGCAGUGUACCGACUGGCCGGCGCCGCUGGUGAUGCCGGCGGUGCCCCUGGCAGUGGUGGUGGCAGUGGCAGCGGCGGAAGCAGUGGUGGUGGCAGCAGUGCUGGCGCUGGAGGCACCGGCAGCAGCAGCGCAGGCGGGGCUGGCAUCAGCGAGACCACUGGCAUGGGCGCACGCGGCGUCAACCGCUUUGACGGUUACAUCGUGACUCAGCCAAUGUACGAAACGCGUCGUGCGCAAUACAGCAACAUCACUCGAGUGGUGGGCGACCGCGGGGGAAACCACGUACUGGUCGGACUGCUGCUGCACCAGACGCGCCGCGCAUCCAGCCACAUGGUAUCCACUGGAUCCAAUGCGUACGCCAGAACUGGCACGGAAUGCGAAUCCAAGUUCCGAUCCAUCACCGCAUCCUGCGAUGGUCGGAUCCAGGACGUGGAUUACGACGCGCUGGGCGGUAUCGGCGCGGAUCCCGUGUUCAGCCCUCUGUCACGGCUGUACAAGCCCGCCCUGUCGGUGAAUUCGUACUACAACGGAUCCGCACGCCUCCGCAGCUUCGCCAGCAGCAGCCUCAGCGGCCGUGUGCCAAUUGGCGCCAAUGGCUCUGCAGCUGCUGUUGCAGCGGCGGGCGCGGCUCCGGCUGCUGCGGCUGCGGUCGUGGGGGCGCGGGAGGCGCAGCUGGGACUGGGCGGCUCACCGUUCGGCUUUUUCCACACGCCGCUGCAUGGCUUCCCGCCCGGCUACCCGCUAGUGAUCGACACGCGCGUCGGCGAGCUGCGGGCUCAACAGAUCCUGGCCUACCUGCGCGACGGCUCCUACCUGUCCUCCUCCCACACCAACACUCUGUCCGCGCACCUGCUCACCCACAACUCGCGGCUGGACCUGCUAGGCUACCUGCGCCUUGACCUGGACUGGCGCGGCGAUGGCCGAAUCAGGGGCACUGCCGCCAUCACCGCCCUGCCCACCAUCAGCUACUACAAGCAGUUGCUGGCCUGGGGCGCGUCCGCCAUCGGCAGUAGCAGCAGUAGCAGUGGCUCAGCUGCAGGCCGCAAUGCAUCCGCUCCAGCGGACGCCACUGCCCCGCCGGGUGCCCAGCCGCCUCCAGGUGGCGAGGUUGAGGCGGCGUCAGCCAAGACUCUGGACGCACGACACCUGGGUUCCGACAGCGCACUGGCGGCGCUGGUGGCGCUUUACUGUGUGCUGGCGGUCACGGACCUGGUGGCCAGCCUGCGAGGCCACCGGGCCAUGACCAAGGGGCCCGACCCCGCGUCCGGCACACACCCUGGCCUGCCGCCACACAUGGCGGAGUGGCGGGCCGCCGAGCUGACUGACACGUCGCUGCCGUCCACGGCGCGUGUGGCCAUUGUGUCUGCGGGCUGGGUGGUGUUCGAGUGCGCCACCGCCGGCCUCAUGCUGGCGGCGCAGGUGCUGUACUGGAUCUACGCACUGCGGCUCAGCGACACCUCCAACUUCGCAGAGAGGUUGGACGUGUAUGACGCCCAGGACUUUGCGCCCGCCAACUAUUUUAUGCUCAAACGCCUCGAGCCCGACACACCCGCCGCCGCAGCUGCAGCCGCGGCGGCCGCGGCCGCAGUCGCCGCAGGCACUGACGGUAGCAGCAGCAGCACCGCCAUCACCGGCCUGUCCACCACCUCGCUCCUGCUCAAUGCCCUGCUAUCCAACGCAAGCGUGCUCGGCAUCGGCACCGGCACCGCUAACGGCAGUAGCAGCUAUAAUGGCGGCUGGUCGCUUCCGGGUCCGGGCGAGGAGGGGCGGUGGGUGUUGCCACCUGACACGUCGGGCCUGGAGGCCACGGCCGGCAUGGUGGAUCGCGCGGAGCGUAUGCGGCAGGUCCAGGUGGCCUACGGCUUUCUGCAGGGCGCGGUGCUGGUGUGCCUGCUCAUUCGCUGGAUGUCGCAUGUGGCCUUCCAGCCGCGGCUGUCCGUCAUCUCCGGAACGCUGCUCGUCAGCGCGCAGGAGCUGGCGCACGUGCUGCUGGUACUGAUCAUCAUCCUGGUCAUGUUGGCCAUGUCCAUGUUGGUCGUGUUCGGGCCCAGGGUGCAGUCUGUGUCUGGGGUGCCGGAGGCUCUCAACCUGAUGCUGGACAUCAGCGUGCAGCAGGGCUCCAUCUCAACCGACUCCCAGCAGAGCCUGCAGAACAUCAUUGACUCGCAGCACCGUAUGGAGACGUCGGCGCCCGAGUCGGCCGUCGGAUACCUCAUCGUCAUGAUCAUGCCGCAUUUCGUGCAGCUGGUGUUCAACAUGGUGCUGGCGGUGCUCAGCUGGAACUUCUACAUCCUGUCUUGGUCCAACCACGGCGCGCCGGGUGUGCCCCAGGACCUGCGCCUGCUGCUGCACUCGGGUCUGCAGCGGCUGCACGGGGCGCCCUCCAGUGCCGCCAUGCUGGCGCUGCUGCGGCACCUCAACAAGAAGCGCGAGCGCAGGGCCCGACUGGUGACUGACACCUUGAAGGCUCUGCAAGCCCGUCUUCGCUCGCUGCAGUCCGCACAACUGAAGCCGGCAGGCCCAAGUGACGUUGACCCCGACGAUGAAGGCGGCGCUGGCGGCGGAGGCGGCGGCAACCCGCGCGUGCGGGUGUCUUCGUCCUGGGGCGCGGCCGCCAGCUCUCGCAGCCUGCUGCACAAGGCCCUGACUUCGCAGGACUCCAAGAAGCUGUCUGUACAGAUGCUGGAGGGAGCUCUGCUGGGUGCGGUCGGAGGAGGUGCGGCACCCGCCGCCCACGUUACCGCCGCCCGCGGUGUGCUGCGACGCGGCACCACUCAGCUGCAGUUGCAGGAGCCCCAGUCCGGUCAGGACUCACGCUGCCCCGCACUGUCCGGCCCAGCAGCCGGAGCCGCGGCCGCCGCCGCGACGGAGGCCGCCGGUGCCAGCGUGGCAGCGGGUGUGCCUACCGUGCCGGAAGAAGGUGAAGGCGAUUCAGCUGUGGCUGCCUCCCGCCGCGGCAGUCUCGCCUUGCCGGCGGCCGUCGUGCCGGCAUCUGACGCUCAUGACGGGGGCGGGGGCAAGAUGGCGGACACAAUCGCGUUGGCGCUGGCUGCGAGCGUCAAGAGGAUGGCCCGGCGAUACGGUAUGGCGCCGGCACAGAGCGCCGAGUCCGCGGGCCGCUCCAGCCGCUCCAGCCGGCCGCGGGAGAAGGCGCUCCUGCCUGGCGAUGUCGGUGCGGUUGCAGCUGCGGCUGCGGCUACUGCAGCGGCAGUGCCACCCAAUGCCGCACAAGACGCAGCAGCCGCAGCCGCGACGGCUGUAACUGCGGGAGGAGCAGGAGGAGCAGUCGUAGUCUCUGCUGCCGCUCCCGAGCCCGCGGCUGCAGCAUCUCCGGCGGAAACCAUCGCCCUGGGCGACGUCGCGGAUGCGGCCGUCAGUGCUACCAGCGCCAGCAGCCGAGGCAGCAGCAGGCGCGUACCUGGUACUGCAACUGCGGCAGCGGCAUCCGCAACCCUGGCAAGCAUUCAAGCAGCCGUCACAACCAGCCAGCAACCAGCAAAGUCGGCAGCAGAGGCAUCUUCGCAUGUGAGCGGUGACAGCCACGGCUCUUCCACAACGCAGCACCGACCGGUCACGCCCACAGCACUGCUGCACUACAGCCUGCACCCUGCCGCGAUCACCACCACCACAGACUCCCAUUCGCACGCCUCGGACGCCGCCUCCACGAGCGGCGCCGUCGUGGGCGCAGACAGCGGCGGCGCGGCGCACUUGGCUCACCUUACUGAGUCCGUGUCGGAGGGGCCCAACAGCGGCUUGAUAUACCUGACCGCAGCCACGACCGCUGCAGCUGCAGCGUCUGUCACCGUGCAUAGGCCGGCGGCCGUGGAGGCGGCUGUAGCUGAGCGCCCUCCGCCCUCCUCCGACCACACCGACAGCAGGAAAACGGCGGCCACAGCAGCUGCAGAUGCGGGGGCAGUGGCGGCGCCUGCACGUCCAGUGGCGACGACGCACCCCGCCCUCCACAGGGAAGGGUCUUCCUCCGCUGGACGCCUCCUCAGCAGACCCCUGCCGGUCGUGUCCAUGAUGCUGUCAGACUCGGCCACCGGCCGUGGGUUCCCUCCGUCGCCAAAAGCGGCGGCAAUAGCGGCACCCGCCGGCGCCACGGCGGCGCCGCCUCACAUCAGCGCCGGCGCGCGGCCGCGCAUGUUGGGCUCCGCCCUGCACAGCCCCCACCAAAACCACCCGGCCAGCAGUGCCGACAGCGGCACAGAGCAGGAAGGCAGGGGCGCACAGGAUCGCCCCGGCGGCGGCCGUGGCAAUGCCCAGCCUCGACAUGGCAGCGUGUGGCGCCGGGGUGCGGCCUCCGCUGCCGCCGCCGCCACCGCUGCGUCAGGGCUGCGCGGCCAUUGGCGCACGGACACAGGCGAUCAGCAGCAGGCGGGCGCCAGCGGCAGCCCCGCAGCUGGUGCUCCGCGCAGCGCGGGCGGCAAGGCUGCUGCUGCUUCGCCCCUGGUGGGAUGGGAUACUCUGGUCUUGGAUCCCGCGCCGCCGCCGUCCGUGGCCUCGCUCUGGAUGCCAAGUGCCGCAGCAGCCCUCGGCUGGCGCUUUGACGGCGGCGCAGCGGGUUCCGCCAUCGUUGCUGCUGGCACUGCUGGCGCGGCUGGGUCUCCGCAUGCAGCGGGCGCAGCGGCUCCCCGCCACUCGGCUCUGGUUGGCACCGCUACGUCCUCUACGUCCUCUCUAUCGGCCGGGUUGCCGGAGGUGCGCAUGGUGCUCGAGGACGAAGUCGCAGCCAGCCCGCGGCGCCGCUCCGCACUGGACAUGGGGGCAGAAGAGCCGGCGGCGCGGCGGUCGCCCACCGCCAGAGGGCUGCUGGGCCGGCUGCUGCUGCGCAAGGGCCGCAGCUCGCCACAUCCCGACAGCGGCACCGCAGCUGCGGCCCGCGCUCGCGGCAGCGGUGGCGGUAGCGGUAGCGGCAGCGGUGGGACUGGCGCCGCGGCCAACGCAGCAGGUGCAGCCCAGCAGGCAGCGACGGCACCCCACGUGGCGGCCGCUGCACCUUGCUCUGCACGGGCCGCAGCCCCAGAAGACGGCAGUGACGGCAUGGCGGCGCGGGCUCUGGAGCCCAAGCCGUCCACGCCGCCAACGCCGGCCCCGCCGCCGUCGUGCCGGCGUCCCUUCCCGGCGCCCUCGGCGCAGUCGCAAUGUCCUGCGGUGACGGCCGAAGGCGCUGCGGCGGCGUGCCCACAGCAGCUCACACCUGUGUCGUCGGCGCUUGCGUCGCCACCGGGCGUAAUGGCCGCGCAUGAGGUGUUGGCGAUGGGUGGUUUGCAGCUGCCUGCGCAGCCGCACACGCCGCACACGCCUCCAGCCCAGAUGGCACAGCCUGGGCCAUACGCCUACCCACCAGUUCCCAUGACUGAUGUUCCCUUGGCGGCACCUGCAGCUGCACCAGAUGCGCGUGUCGUGCACUCAACCGUAGCAGCGCCGGCCGCAGCGGCCACCGCAGCAGCAGCAGCAACAGCAGCCUCAGGUGAUGUAGCAGCAGCAGCGGGCGUCAGCUCCCAGACGCAGCGGGCGCUGGCGCUGGUGACGUCGUUGCUAGUUGCGGCUGGGAAUAUGGCGGCACAGCAGCGGGCGGUGGCGGCGGCACAGGCGACGCACGUGGCACUGCUGGCCCAGCUGCUGGCCCAGCUGCAGGAGGCCUCGCCGGCGCGCAGGGCGGCACUGUUUGCACGAGCUCGGGCACUCGGCGUGUUUGCGCCCGUGGCGGCGGUGCAGGAGGGCGAGGAGGUGGUCACGCCGGCAUUCCCACACAAGGCCCAGCAGUCUCCUGCGUGGCGCCUGCAGGCGGCCGGCUGGCCCCGGCUGGGGGGCUCAGCGGAGAUGGAGCUGGUGCAAACGCCCGUGUACGGCUCGCCUGCGACCGGAGCGGCGGCAGCAGCAGCUGCAGCGGCUGCUGCUGCUGCUGCUGCAGCCAUGGCGCAUGCCUCACCAGCACCCGCACCUGCCGCCGCGACCGCGGCCGUCGCUGCGGUCACGCCGGCUGAUGGGGUGCCGCUCCUGGUGGAGGACUUUGGCCUUAGCGAGGCCGAGUCAUCAGAGGAGCAGGAGGACGAAGGGGAGGAGGAGGCAGCCAGUGCAGCUGUUGCGGGCGGCGCUGCAUGGGCGCAACAGCAGCAGCAGCAGGCCGCAGCGGCCGUGCCGCCGCUGCGUCGCGGCUGGGGCAUCCGCCGUGCGCUGCGACGGCGCUGGGACGCGAUGGCAGACGCCCCGUUGCUCUCUCGUGGCUCCGUGGGCGCAGGCAGCGGCGCGGGCAGUCCUUCAGAUGGCUCCUUUACCCUGGCAGCGCUGCGGCACGCCAGCAUCACUGCCGCCCACCGCCUGCCACCCCCCCGCGGCCCAGGCGCUACCAGUGGCGGCCCAGGCGCUACCAGUGGCGGCCGCUCGCCGCGCCACCCACAGAUGCGCAUGUCGACGCCCGGAGUUGCCGCCACCGGUGUGUCCAGCACCGCCAUCGUCACCGUUGCGGUCGCUUCACCUGCGCUGCCAGCGGCGAUCCGUCGCCUGCGGCAGGGCUCUGUCACUGGCGCUGCCGGCUCGCUUGCUGCAGGCGGCGCGGCGGCGGCGGAGCUGGCGGCGGUUGCUCGCAUGCGGCACGCCUCAGCCACCGGCGCGGCACUGCAUCAGCAGCUGCUGGCACAGCUGGGCGCGGCGGGCCUGGGCAGUGGAGAGCUGGGCGUGCAACGCGUCAUGACGCGGCUUGAGUCGCUGCUGGCUGUGCGCGGCGACCGCGCAGCCGGUGGCGGAGGCGGCCGCGCCGCCCAUCGCCGCGUGCAGCAGCUGACACACGACGGCGCCAGCGAAGGAGCAAGGUGGUCCUCUGACGGCAGCGCGGCCUUGCUGGGGGCGGGGGCGGUGGCGCUGGACUCGGCGCCGCUGCCCGCGGUCGCAGUCGCCAGUCCUUGCAUGCGUGCAGCCGGAGCUGAUCACGCAGCGGCCGCAGCUGGGGUGGGGGCGGGAAUGCAGCGGCCUACCAGCGUCACUGCCAGCCCGGCACGUGCUGGUGCGCCUUCGGGUGCACCUGCUGGUCCGGGUGGUUUCAUGGCGCGGCGGGCGCGGCGCCGCAGUGUUGGGGGCUACGACAACGUGUAAAUAGAGGACAGCAAUGUCUCUCGCUGACAGCUUGCACAUGCAUGAAUUACAAUAUUGCAAGGCUUUACGUGAACCAUACCUCCACUGAGUGAUCAAUACCGUAAAUAAUUCAAGGUGUCAGCAUGCGGAAGUGGAAGUGAGUACAGUGAGGAAGAAUUAAUUUUGAGCAAUGAGUCUACAUUGACGCCGUACGCACGUGCGCACAGGGGUGUCACUUGUUUGCUGCCAUGCCGGUGAGCAUCCGAGUCUUAUGCCCAUGCCAAGAUGGGCAUCACACAUGCCGAGCGUUUGAUUGACUCGUAUACUGUGACUAACGGACACCCCAAUUGUAUUGAUGGUGUUGGACAUUCCCGCAUUGGGUUAAUUUGCGUGUCUAAGACUGCUGAGAGUUUGCAUGAAGCCUUUUGUGGCCGCGGAUGCCAUGCACCUGACAAUAAAGUGCGCGCAGGAUGGGGACGGCCAAGUGCCUAGUGGGGUCGUCCCGCCGUGCUGUUCAUUCGUGUGCAUAUAUAUAUAUCGGCGCGAAUCUUGAUUACUAGGACUGCGCGAGCGUGCGAGUGCGCGAGCGUGCGCUUGUUCACAGGGGUUGUUCAACACUGCUGAAAGCGUUGCGUACUGCGGGUCUGCCAUCGAUAGUUGCGCCGCAACGAUAGGUGCUGAGGAGUUAUGAAUGCGACAUUACAAGAAGGGACAGCCCGACCCAGAAAGGUGCAUGGCACCCAUACAAGCCAUAGUCUAUGGGUAAUGCGGCCCCAG